CCUCCUCUUCUUAUAAAUAUGAGGCAGAGCUGGGGUCCCGGGAAGCCAGGAAACAGUGAGCCCAGGAGUCCUCGGCCAGCUCUGCCUGCCCACCAGAAGGAUGAAAGUCUCCGUGGCUGCCCUCUCCUGCCUCGUGCUUGUUGCUGCCCUUGGAUCCCAGGCCCGGGUCAUAGAUGAUGCAGAGACAGAGUCCGUGAUGUCAGAGCUUCUAUUGGAACAUCCAUUAGUUCAGAAUGAUGCAGGGACAGAGUUCGUGACAUCAGAGGUUUCAUUGGAACAACCAGCAGGUUUAACCCUUCCUGCUGACUGCUGCUACUCCUUCUCUCAACAAACCAUCCGGUGUUCUCUCAUGAAUUAUUAUUUUGAAACGGGCAACAAGUGCCCCAAGCCAGGUGUCAUCUUCCUCAGCAAGAGGGGGCAACAGAUCUGUACCAAACUCAGUGAUCCAGGAGUUCAGGAUUGCAUGAGAAGGCUGACGCCCUACCCAGUAUCCCAAAUCCGGGAACCAAAAUAAACAGACAAGAGUCCAGCCAUCUACUUCCAACACCUCUUCUGUGUCUCUUGGCCUGAAUUUUAAAAAAAAAGUAUUGUUGUGUCUGGUAAUGCAAGCAAUGCAUCUAAUAAAGAGUGUUCAAUUUUUAACUUUGCUUGAGUUUUAAGAGGAAAUAAACUGAUGUAAAACUGAA